AUGGCAUCUGAUCUCCCUACAUCAUCCGUGGCUCUUUUGCUGCUUCCCCCGCCGCCAUCCUUCUCGUUCAGACCAGUGAAGGAUGUAUUCGGAACACCUUUCGCCGAUGUCUUGGUGAAGUUGGUCAAAGCUCUCAAUGGAUCCAACUCUAUCGCUACUCUCGAUAUUGUAUUGCAAAUACCCGGUCUGCUCUCGCCAUCCGCGAGGCCACAGGCCAAGGUCUUUGCUCCACUGCAGCAGUAUCUAACUAGCAUCUAUACACUCAUCGGAGCCGUCGCUGCCGCUCACAAUAUCGAACUGGACUCUCCCGGUGGCAUUGAUGCCCGAGUAGUAUUUACUGGGGCCUCUUCUUCCACUCCGUCUGCCUCGUCUGGCCUGAGCUUCGGACCUAUUGUCGACUUGCAUUCUCUCGUGACCUCGGGCCGACGGUGGAACCAUGUGUUCUACCUGAACAACGAGGCUGGCAGCAAGCUGUUCCGGGAUUUCACUCGCACAAGCGAGACAAAGAACGCCCAUGCUGAGAUCAAUGGGCAUGCCAUUCCAAACAUCUCCAACUGGACUGUGCCGGUGUCCCCGUUACUUUCAGAGGGUCUUGAAAGCAUCGCUCUCCAGCCCCACUACUCCGUCAUUGUUGGCGGCACCUUCGACCAUCUUCACUUGGGCCACAAGCUUCUCCUCACUGCGCUUGCGCUCACACUCGAGCCACCCAGCGCCACAGACCAGAGCCAAGAGAGAUUACUGAAUGUUGGUGUCACGGGAGAUGCCCUCUUGACAAACAAGAAACAUGCCGAGUUCCUCGAGAGCUGGGACGCCCGCUUCCAGAACACCGCCGCGUUCCUCCGUGCCAUUAUGGAUUUCUCUCCCAACAACACUCCCCGCACCGAGCGCACCACUGCACCCGGUCCCAAUGGCAACUUUGUGGUGAUGAAAAUCCAACCCAAUCUGACCUUCAAGUUUGUGGAGAUUUGGGAUCCCUAUGGUCCGACGAUCACGGAGGAAAGCCUCACUGCAUUGGUCGUUUCCAAGGAGACUGCCUCUGGAGGAGCCGCGGUGAAUGAUGAGCGGGCCAAGAAAGGAUGGAAGAGCCUGGCUAUUUUCGAGGUGGAUGUCCUGCAGACCGGUGAGGCCGCGGACAUUGCGGACGGCAAUAACUUUGAGUCAAAAAUCAGCAGCACGGACAUUCGACGACGGCGGAUGAACCUGGCCAAGGUGUAA